UGUAGAAAAUUACGCGCGUGUUUGAAGAACCGAAACUCCUCGACGAUGCGCGGCCAGAUCAAUUUUUUUCAGAAUUUCUGCCCGUAUAUAAACGAGGAUGCCGUUUUAUCAGUGUCUAAGUCUAUCCUGUUGAGCGACGAGGGCGAUCAAACCAAGGAUGGCGAGAACUAUUCUCGUCCUAUAUAUCCUUGUCGCCGUUGUUAGUAGCAACGUUAUUCCUCAACAAGAUGAAGAAGUUUAUGAAUACAGUGCAGAAACCUGGGGACUUGACUUUGGGAUGUCCAAACGGAUUGAAUUCUACGUCGAAAGUUCGAAAGAAGUCAUAGAGGAAACUACUGCUACUGCCAACUUCCACUUCGAGGAAAUCAAAAAAAUUGAAUUCCGUCUGAAUGAUGACGCAGUUACAAAAGUCAAUGCCAUAUUUGAAGUGGUGGACAUAAAAGUUAUUCAGUGGCAGAAGAGAGCCCGCGGUAGAGAUAUUAGUAGAUGCCUUAAAGACUUAGAGAAAAUAAAACUAAUUGGAGAUGGAAUUAUUGAAGAUGUCGCAAUUUGUGUUGCGGAAGAAGUGAACAAAACGGUCAACGUAAUACAGCAAAUUAGGGAAAAAUCAGAAGAAAUGAUGGCUAAACUUGACGACAUCACGAAAGACGCGGCACACUGCGCAAGGAAAAAUAUUUUUCAAGUUCCUAUAUGUUUAGCAAGAGUAUUGGCAAAAGUAACAACACUCGCCAAAGAAGAAGUAGAAAUUGUAGCUCAGGAUAUUCGGAUAUUAACACAAAUAGUAAUAGAAGGAAAACAAUCGCUGAUCAACUGUUCUGUAACAAAAAAGCUACCAGAAUUUCUAAAAUUGGUAGCACACAUACUAGGUGCAUUCGAAGACUGUGUCAUAGUUUGCAUCCACAAUCCAGGAACAGCAGCAACAACAACACCACAACAAACUACGAAAAGCACGACACACGCAAUAAUAACGACAGACGGCCCUACAACCACAGAAGAGCUCUGCAACACGCAACCAGAAACACCAAAGAGCUCAAUUUCGACAAGUACAAAGGCCACAACUGAAAGUACCACGCUGUCGACCUCCGGAGGACCUUGGACGCCAUCAACAACUACUAGCGAGAAACCCACGCCCAGCAGUACCGAANCCACGACAGGAACUAAAACCGAGCCCACUUCCGGGGGAUCUUGGACGCCAUCAUCAUCUACUAGCGAAAAACCCACUCCCAGCAGCACCGAACCCACGACAGGAAGUGGCACCCAGCCCACUUCCGGGGGAUCUUGGACGCCACCCACAACGACUACAACACAGGAACCCACUCCCACCGGUACCAAACCUGCGCCAGGAAGUAGCACACAGUCCAGUUCCGGGGGAUCUUGGCAACCAUCGACCUCAACCACUCAGAAUACUACAUCAACUAGUUUAAAACCCACGUCUGGAAGCAGCACUCCAUCUACCUCUGACUCUAUAACUGUCACUGCAUCUACUGCUUCAAAUACAGAACCGUCUAUGACAGCGUCUACCGUUGAUGAUUGCAACGAGGAUGACUCAACAACUACGACUGAACCGAAUGAUGAUGAUUGCUCAGAUGAUGGUUGGGACUCGAGCGAAGAAUCUAAUGAAGAUGAUUGCGAUGAGUCUUAAUAUGAUGAUGACAGAGAUGACCUCGGGGACCAUUGUUAUUGUAUUAUUGUUAAAUUUAAUAUGUUGCCUGUUGCAAGGGAACCCGUAUGAUUGUUUAUUACAUUACGGCGUGUGCCAUGAUUAUACAUUGUGUGAUCUAAUACUUUUGUAGAGGUAAAAUGUUUUUAUUUGUAAGACGUGGGAGAAGUAAUUUUUAUACGAAUGUUUGUUAUAUAUUGUUUAAAUAGUACUUUUCAUACUGUAAUCUGUUACCAAUAUUAGUUUAAUAUCCUUGAAUGUAUACUUUACUUUCUUCUUUAAUAAAGUAGUAUGUAUACAUGCACUGUAAUGUCUGCUAGCGUAUGCUGUAUACAUGUAUUGUAUUAAAUAGCCUGCGUAUUUAUAAAUAUAUAUAGUCCCGUUUGUUAUCUCUUCCACGAUUCUCAUCGUUUGGCGUCCUAUUCAUCUUAAUAAAUUGGCUGAUGAUACUUCAGGAUACGUUAUAACAUAAAUUAUAGAAGAUGUUGAAGUAUCUCCCCUGAAACUAAUGACUUCCACUCAGUGGUCAGUGAUUUCUCUAAUAAAGAAUACGGGUCUAAUUA